AUGGUGAAAGUGAAGGAUGGAGUAAACGAAUUUGGCUGUAUUGGGCACCUGGUCACCAGGGCUUCUUUUAACUCUGGCAAAGUGGGUAUUGUCAUCAAUGACCCCUUCUUUGACCUCAACUAUAUGGUGUACAUGUUCCAGUAUGAUUCCACCCAUGGCAAGUUCCAUGGUAUCAUCAAGGCUGAGAAUGGGAAGCUUGUCAUCAAGGGAAAUCCCAUCAUCAUCUUCCAGGAGUGAGAUCCCACUAAAAUCAAAUGGGGGUGACACUGGUGCUAUGUUGUUGGGUCCAUCAGCAUCUUCACUACCAUGGAGAAGGCUGGGGCUCACUUAGAGGGAAGCACCAAAAGGUUCAUCUCUGUCCUUUCUGAUGACACCCCCAUGCUUGUGAUGGACAUGAACCAGGAGAAGUACGAAAACAGCCUCAAGAUUGUCAGUAAUGCCUCCUGUACCACUAACUGA